AUGGUAAAGAAACCUUGCUGUGAUAAGAGCGGGCUGAGGCAAGGAACCUGGACGGCGGAGGAAGAUAGAAAGCUAACAGCUUAUAUUACCAGAUAUGGCUGCUGGAAUUGGCGUCAACUCCCCAAGUUUGCAGGUCUGGCGAGGUGCGGGAAGAGUUGCAGGCUUCGAUGGAUGAAUUAUUUAAGGCCAAACCUCAAGAGGGGGAACUUCACCAAGGAAGAAGAUGAGACUAUCAUCACUUUACACGAAUCUCUGGGAAACAGGUGGUCAGCCAUUGCUGCCAUGUUACCAGGAAGAACAGACAAUGAAAUAAAGAAUCAUUGGCACACAAAUCUCAAGAAGCACGUUAAACAUAAGCCUUCAACCACGAAAUUACACGAUAAAUACACCAACAAUCAAAACCUAAACGACGACCAUCUUCAAAUAAACCCGAUCAUUCCGCCAUUGAUCCUCGAAAGCUCACCACCACCACCAUUAUCAACCAAUAGACAAAGCCCCUUCACCACUACAGAUAACUCAGUUGAAUCGACCAAAGCUGACUCUGUUUCUGAUUUUUGGUCCGAACCAUUUCUGUUAGACAUUUUGUCGGACGAUUUGCCGACGAUGGGUGCAUCCGCAGGCUUUGAAUUUGAUCUUCUUGAUGGAGAAAUCUUAUCACCUUUCGGUUUCUACGAUGAUCUUGAACCCUUCAGCUUCUAA